CUUGCACUUGGGGCUGAACUGUACGCCGCGGCAAGCCAGGGCCGCCAGCUCGGCGACUGCAUUGCUACGCGGAGGUUGUCUAGCGAGCGUAGUGUGUAUCGUACAUACAAACAUGACGUUCACCAUCCGUGGAGGAUGCAGCGUUUCAUUGCCACUAGGAUCGGAUCCCAGCGCACAAUUCUGAUGCUAUCGACUACACAGAUACCAUUCCCAAGCCGCCGGACUUCCCGCAACAAAAUGUUGAAAUGUAAGGCAAUCAGUCUCUCAUUGUUUACGCAGGGUAAACUCGGGCCCUGUAUAGUACAGGCCGUCCGCAUGAACGCGUCCUUGUGCGGACCCCAAGAACGCGUCCACGAGCCCGUGCGGACCCGAGCCAGCACGUUCGAGCGAAGAACGAAACCGAAACCUGUGCGACGGUGUGCUUACCGUAACGGGCAGGACGGACGUUGCAGCGACGUGGCGGCCACGCGGUGUGGGCCACCGCAAACCGUAUUCACGGGGUCACGAGGGGUUCGGGGUGGCAGCGUACACUACACCCGGAUUCGGAUAAUGGUUCAGGAAUCGAUUGAUUGGACGUGGGCGCGAGGGGUGGAAGCACCACGAUUUGAACUUGCGGUGGGUGCGACGGGAAAUGCGACGGGCAGGCAACGCGAUCGCGACGGAAGCGGGCGAUACGACAGUCUACGCGCAUGCGCUGAUAGGAGAGAGUUUCGCGUAGAGUCCGGUGAGGACGCGUUACGUUGCGGGGGGCUGCUAUAGACCCCUCACCACCGACCGUGGUAUGCCUCUUGAUUAGAUUGAUUGCUGUU